UCCCCAAGUCUUGACCUCUUCUCAAAGCACUUCUCCCUCACCACUCUCACUCCCAGUCCGCCGUCGAUUGCUGAAAUUAAAACCUUCCGAGUCCCCGUCGACGGUCAGCUGGAGUAUUGUACUCUAACUGGAUCUCGACGGAAGCUACCGAUCGGAGACGAAGCCUCUCACCCGCUCCCAGCCUUCUCGUUUGCAUUGAACCAUGGGAAUUGAGGAUAGAUGGUGCGUGGUAACUGGAGGACGCGGUUUUGCUGCUCGCCAUUUGGUUGAAAUGCUACUCCAAUACAAUACUUACUCUGUCCGGAUCACUGAUUUGGGAGCCAACAUUGAACUUGAACCAGCUGAAGAAUCAGGAAUUCUUGGUGAAGCUUUACGCUCUGGUCGUGCCCAGUAUAUGACUUUAGAUCUUCGCAACAAAGCCCAAGUACUUAAAGUAUGUGAAGGAGCUGAGGUUGUGUUCCAUAUGGCUGCUCCAAACUCUUCCAUUAACAACUUCCUGCUUCAUCAUUCAGUCAAUGUUGAAGGGACAAAGAAUGUCAUCAAUGCUUGUGUUGAGCUCAAAGUGAAGCGACUUAUCUAUACAAGCUCUCCUAGUGUGGUCUUUGAUGGUAUUCAUGGAAUUGUUAAUGGAGAUGAAUCAUUGCCUUAUCCACCUAAGCAUAAUGACCAUUAUUCUGCUACUAAAGCAGAAGGGGAGGCAUUGGUCAUUAAGUCAAAUGGGACCGAGGGGCUUCUAACAUGCUGCAUACGCCCCAGCAGCAUUUUUGGGCCUGGAGAUAAACUGCUUGUGCCUUCAUUAGUUGAAGCUGCCAGGGCAGGGAAAUCAAAGUUCAUAAUUGGUGAUGGCAACAACCUUUAUGAUUUCACUUAUGUUGAAAAUGUGGCACAUGCCCAUAUAUGUGCUGAUCAAGCUCUAGCUUCGGAUGGGACAGUUGCAGGAAAAGCCUCUGGGCAGGCAUAUUUCAUUACAAAUAUGGAACAUAAGUUUUGGGAGUUUAUGUCACUUAUUCUGGAAGGUCUGGGAUAUGAAAGGCCAAGAAUAAAGAUCCCUGCCUUUGUUAUAAUGCCAAUAGCACAUGUGGUGGAGUGGGUUUAUAGGCUGCUAGGUCCAUAUGGGAUGAAGGUUCCACAGUUGACACCUUCAAGAGUAAGACUUUUGUCCUGCAGCAGAACUUUCAGUUGCUCAAAAGCAAAGGAUGGCAUUGGCUACACACCCAUUGUAACACUUCAGGAAGGUCUGCAAAGGACUAUUAAAUCAUAUACACACUUGAGAGCUGAAAAUCAGCCUAAUACUAAAAGCAAAGGGCCUUCCAAAGCUUCCGUUUAUCUUGGAAGGGGAAGAGUUGCUGACACAUUGCUCUGGAAGGAUAAAAAGCAAACUGUCACUGCUUUGUUAAUUUUGUUUGCCAUAUACUACAACUUCAUUGCAUCUGGGUCUACUGUUCUUACUGCUCUUUCAAAGCUUCUAUUGUUCACAUCGGUGUUUUUAUUUGUCCACGGCAUUCUACCUGAGAAAAUAUUGGGAUAUACAAUUGAGAAAGUACCCGCAUCUUGGUUUCACUUAUCAGAAGACAAUUCACGUCAAGUUGUUCUCUCCCUUGCUUCUUCAUGGAAUUUUGCUGUCAAUGUUUUGAAAUCCCUUGCAGAAGGGAAUAAUUGGGUGCUGUUUUUCAAGGUUACUGUAUCUCUCAUCAUUCUUAGCUUCCUUGGAGCCUUAUCAUUUCAGAAUACAUAUUUUAUAGGAAUUACUUUUGCAUUUAUAGCUUUCUACGUGUAUGAGAAGAAGGAAGAAGAAAUUGAUGCCCUAUUUCUGAAAACAAGACAUUUCGGAUGCAAGUUAAAAUCUGACUUGGCUGGGAAGUUUCUUUCUGCAAAGAAGAUUGAUUGAUAGCUAGCGGCAACACUUUUUGUUUUUGUUUUGGCUUGGCUAACGUGGGAAGUUGUAUCUUCAUUUGCCUGAUCAAUUUAGUUUCUUGUCUGAUUGUACGACAAAUCUAACAUGAGUUCGCAUGCUACUUAAACGAGUUGUACUGAUAACUAUAGGAAUGAAUUAAAGAAAGUCCUGCCGGCACAAUUUUUAGGAACUCGUCAGGUUUCCUAUCCUGCACCUGUUAGCGAGGAGUCUGUAUUCUUUCUUUUGAUGAUUGAAUUCUUUUAUUUUUGUUUGGUAGAAAAAUAAUUUUUUGGUAAAA